GGACCUGUAUUCUCCGAUGACUGUGAAAUUUCCGUUGCUCAUCAACCUUCCCCUUAGUUCCACAUUCUUUCCUCCUUUCUCUCCAACGACCCUCCCCCGGCUUUGUUAUGUUGUUGUUACGUGCCAUCAAGUCCGAACCGACUUGCAGCGACGUAACGGGAUGUUCAAAGCAAGUGAGAGAUGGAGGGAGUGGUUUCCCCAGUUCCACUCCCCUCAGUGAGUUUCCAAGGCUGAGCGAGGGAUUCGAACCCGGGGCCUUCUGGGUCCUCGCGGGUUCCUCCCUCCACGCCACCACACGACGUAUCCUUGGCUUUAACCGUCCUCGACAGCCCCCCCUCCCCAUAGAGAGAGUGAGAGCGGGGCGGGGGGAAGAGGUCGUGAGGGAGCGCGUUACCCGGCAUGCAGCGGGCGGCGCGUUCCCACAAAGAUGGCGGCGCCUCUGGAUGAGUACGAGAAAGAAGCAGGUUGUGUCCCUAUUCUGCACCCCGAGGAAAUCAAGCCUCAAGCUCAUUAUAAUCAUGGAUACAGUGAAUCUCUUGGGCGCAAAAGCCACAUUGAUGAUUACAGCACAUGGGAUAUUGUUAAAGCUACACAGUAUGGAAUUUACGAACGCUGUCGGGAGUUGGUGGAAGCAGGAUAUGAUGUACGGCAACCUGAUAAAGAAAAUGUUACACUGCUCCAUUGGGCUGCAAUCAAUAACAGAUUAGAUUUAGUGAAAUACUACAUAUCAAAAGGUGCUAUUGUUGACCAGCUGGGAGGUGACCUGAACUCUACACCACUUCACUGGGCAACAAGACAGGGUCAUUUAUCGAUGGUUGUACAACUAAUGAAAUAUGGUGCAGAUCCUUCAUUAAUUGAUGGAGAAGGAUGCAGUUGUAUUCACUUGGCAGCCCAAUUUGGACAUACCUCAAUUGUUGCUUAUCUAAUAGCUAAGGGGCAGGAUGUUGAUAUGAUGGAUCAAAAUGGAAUGACUCCUUUAAUGUGGGCAGCUUACAGAACACACAGUGUGGACCCUACUCGUUUGCUGCUUACAUUUAAUGUUUCAGUGAAUCUGGGAGACAAAUAUCAUAAGAACACAGCACUACACUGGGCAGUACUAGCAGGAAAUACUACAGUGAUUAGUCUUCUUUUAGAAGCAGGGGCUAAUGUUGAUGCGCAAAAUAUCAAGGGUGAAUCACCACUUGAUUUAGCAAAACAAAGAAAAAACGUUUGGAUGAUAAAUCAUCUACAGGAGGCAAGGCAGGCAAAAGGAUAUGACAAUCCAUCAUUUCUCAGAAAGCUGAGAGCUGAUAAGGAAUUCCGUCAAAAAGUGAUGCUAGGAACACCUUUCCUAGUUAUUUGGCUGGUGGGAUUUAUAGCAGACCUUGAUAUUGAUUCUUGGCUCAUUAAAGGACUCAUGUAUGGUGGUGUUUGGGUCAUGGUUCAGUUUCUUUCCAAAUCAUUCUUUGACCACUCCAUGCAUAGUGCAUUGCCACUUGGAAUCUACCUAGCAACAAAAUUCUGGAUGUAUGUGACGUGGUUUUUUUGGUUUUGGAAUGAUCUAAAUUUUUUGUUCAUCCAUCUUCCAUUUCUUGCUAAUAGUGUUGCACUUUUCUAUAAUUUUGGGAAAUCUUGGAAAUCAGAUCCAGGAAUAAUUAAAGCCACUGAAGAACAAAAGAAGAAGACAAUAGUGGAGCUUGCAGAGACAGGAAGUUUGGACCUCAGUAUAUUCUGCAGUACCUGUUUGAUACGGAAACCAGUGAGGUCCAAGCAUUGUGGUGUAUGCAAUCGCUGUAUAGCCAAGUUUGAUCACCACUGUCCCUGGGUUGGAAACUGUGUAGGAGCAGGCAAUCAUCGUUAUUUCAUGGGAUAUUUAUUCUUUUUACUCUUUAUGAUUUGCUGGAUGAUUUAUGGAUGUAUCUCUUACUGGGGAAUCCACUGUCAUACUAGUUACGCUACAGAUGGUUUUUGGACAUAUAUUACACAGAUAGCCACAUGUUCACCUUGGAUGUUCUGGAUGUUUCUGAAUAGUGUGUUUCACUUCAUGUGGGUGGCUGUGCUUCUAAUGUGCCAGAUGUAUCAGAUUUCUUGUUUAGGUAUUACUACAAAUGAAAGGAUGAAUGCAAGACGAUAUAAGCACUUUAAAGUUACAACAACAUCUAUUGAGAGCCCUUUUAACCAUGGAUGUAUAAGAAAUAUUAUAGACUUCUUUGAAUUCAGAUGCUGUGGUCUUUUUCGUCCUGCUAUUGUGGACUGGACAAGGCAGUAUACAAUAGAGUAUGACCAAACAUCCGGGACAGGUUACCAGCUAGUGUAACACCCACCUCCAAGCUGUGAGCAUAUCAUAUCUGAGUGGUGCCUGAAAAUUUGUCUCUCAAAUCCCUUGAACGGUAGCAUGCUAUGAAUAGAGCUAACAGCGAAUCAUAUGGUACCUUCUCUACAUCAGUUUUAUUAACAGAUGUUGGAAAAAAGGACAGAAUAAACUGCCAAUCCUGAUAACGAGAAGGAAGAUGAAAAAGGGAUUUUAACUGUUCUUACCUUGGGAAUUGUUCACGAAGACAUACAUCAUUUUGUUUCCUUUAACUGCUUUCACAAUGGAGCAUGUGAUUGUUUAAAGAAAAGGCCAACUAUACUAAUGUCAUGUUGUACUGAACUUUCAGUAUUUAUUUCAUCAUUUGAACAGCUUCCUAAGAAUUAAAGGUAAAUAUUACGAAGCAGUAAGACUUUGGGAUCACUGUAUUAUAUUUACUGUAAUGGAAAUUUUGUAUAGAUUUGGUAUAGUAUUAGGUGCAUUCAAAAAUGUGCACUUAAUACUGUGAAGAAUCACGUUGUUUUAUAUGGGAUUCACCAUAAGUGUGAUGUUGCCGUUGCUGAAGGAGGGCACAGAAGGACUUUGGUCAUAAAACUUACCUAAAUUCAAUCGCUGUCUGCUCUUAGGGCUUUGUUAUUUCUAAUUGUUAUUUGUUACCAGACUUAUGUGGAGAUGUACAUUUGGGGCAGGAGGAAAAGCAUUGCACAAAGGAAAUUCAGUUCUUCAACCCCAAUAUAGAACCCCACUUAAGUGCAUGAUGAUACUUCUUAAAAUUAGACCACAAAAUAACAUGAUUGCAUAGCAGUCUACAAAGUAAAAUGCUAAUAUAAGGCAGCCAGUGAAAUGCUGGUACCUAAAUAGAAGGAACCAUUGAGUAUGACAACUUCUGCAGUCAAUGGAAAGUUGGAAAACAUUAGUAAGAAAGUCACAUAUGUGGAACCAAAGAAUGAACUGGCAGAUGCUCAAUAGUAGGAAGAAAGGAUUGUAACUGAAUCCGAUUCAGCUGUUGAAUGAGUAAAAACUCAUUAAAACAUAAUAUAAAAUGAUGGAAUUCAUGCUGAUUAUAAUUUCUUUGUAGGACAUGAAAGUGACAAAUGUAACUGGACUUCUAUUUUAAAAAAAUGGUAUGGCCAUAAGUUGGGGAAAAAUUCUUAACUUUUUUUUGUCUAAAGUUAGCAAACCCAGAUAUAGGUGGAAGGUAAAAAGUGGUAUGAAGUCUCAUUCCAGAAGAGCUUUUUUUGUUGUUGAAUGUGAUGCACUGAUUUUCUGUUAUGGCAUUUUUUAUACAGUCCUUGUGAAUUUUUCACUGCUUCCUUAAUUAUUGUUUACAGAGAGACUUGAAAUCUGUUUAGUUCUGUUUUACGUGCUGUAGCAACAUUGUGGUUCGAGAAUCCUGUGAGGGGGAUUUGGGGAAGGGAACUUUAAUACAGACAGUAGAGACCAGUGUAAAGAAUGUUUUAUCUGUAUAUAGAUAAUUUAUCAAAUAGUUUCUCUUUGUGAUGAGGCGUGUGUGUGUGUGCGCGCGCGUGCGUGUGUGUUAGUAUAUUUAAAAGCUGCUCAUUUCAUUUUAUCCAACCAAAAAUGUAGGACAAUAUCUAAUGGGCUUUUUAUUAAUUAUCAAUAUCGCUGUUAAUAGACACUAUACCUGCAACUUCACUGCAUGUUUAAUGCUUGGCAAAACUAGCAUUUCCUGUAAAAUGCAGAUUACAGGUAUUAAAGCAAUCUAGUGGUAUUCCCGCCCCUUGCCUUAGUAAAAGGAGCAGUGAGACUGUAAAUAGUUGAUGUUCAGUAUUUGCAAGUAGACAUUUUCCCCCUCUAGCUCUUUCUUUGAAUGCUAGGUGUGCAUAGUUUGCAAGUACCAGAUAUCAAGAUUUACAGGAGUGUGACAUUAGCAUAACUUGAAUGUUUAUUACUGGAAUAAAUGCAACUGUAUCAUUGACAUAGAUGUUCAAAGCAAAGAAAGUGAAGGUGGGUGGGUGCAGGGAUGGCAAAAAUGUCUGUGUGAUUUAGGCAGAUACAGUAUGAAAAUAUAACAAUAUAUUAUUCUUACACAGUUACUUGUCACUUUAAUUUGAAAGCUGAAAAUGUUUGGGCAGGACCUUCAAUUUCUUAUUUACAUUAACAGCCCACUCCUAAGUAGAUUUAUUCGGAAGUAAACUUCAAUAAGUUUGCUUAGCACUGAAGUCUCAAAGCCCUCUGCAAUGUAGUAAAUACAUUUCAUGGCUCCAGAAAAAUCUAUAUAUUGUUCACUUGUAUUAAUUGUGCCUGUUCCAGAAAUGUGUACCGUAUGGAAUCUUUGUGCAGAAACCCUAUAAUUUAAAUGUCUCUGUGGUGGCAAGAAAAAUCCUAUUUUAGUUGAACUAAAAGCGUUUGAUCUAAGAUCUGCUACCAGAAGAUUGUUCCACCUAAGGUUUGGAUAUUUUCUCCCCUCCAUAUCCCAGAUCACCCCAUGUAGAAGGUCCUACAUAACAUUUCAUUGGGGUUUAGGCACAAAGAAGUCCACCUCUGUUAUCCCAGUUGCCUGUACCUAAACCACAAUCCAACCCACAAUUGCACCCCACAGAAAUAGUGACGAAACAGUAGAACAGUGGAGUUAAAAUUACAUGUAAGGACAUUUUAUUUUGGGGCACCUAGAGUAAGUCUACUAGUUGGCAGAAAUACUAAAGUAUAUGUUCUGAAAUCUGAAUAAGCAGAAAAUCAUGCAGGUUUUUUCCACCAAGAAAUCUGUCAAACCUUUUGCAGCACAUCAUUUAGUUCGCUGCAUGAACCCAAUUCAAAUAGAUAAGAAGUUAAACAUUUGUUGAUAUGAUAAAGAAAAGGCAAAUUAAAAAAUUCUGUCUACCCUGUAUAUUUUUGGCAAGUGUUUAAUAAUUCCUCCUAAGGUUUUGUUUUUAGCAGUUAAUCUGCAUAAAGAACAUCUCUGUUUUAAACUGAAAUUUUGAUUUUUUUAUUUACUUUAUUUAUAAUUGUGCCAAGUAUUAUUUUACUACUGUCAGGAUAUUGAUGUAUUACGUUGUGAACAAAAUCUGUAAAAUGUUUAAUAAAAUAGCUCUCCUUAAAUAAAUUAAACCUGUCAAUUUUUG